AUGAAAAACUUUGUCAUUUGCUUCUCAACAACUGACAAGCGACAAACGAUUAUGAUCAAUCGCUAUUUGAAUCUGAUUCGGUUCAUGGCCGGUCAGUCUCGCCGAGACAUGAAGACCGGCAGGUCCUUUGAUCGAACACAUCUGAUUGAGACUACUACUGAGUCGGAUAACUACAAGUUGGCCGUAAUUUACGGCAUUCCUAUUCUCAAAAAAGAGUGGAUCGACGUGGUUUGGAAGCAACGAAGGAAUGUUAACUUUUGCGCAACAAACAACGCCGAAGUGGAGGCUCCCCAUCGACUGAAGCCCUUCACCCGACUGCAAAUUUCGUUGUACAACUAUACUUCCGAAGAGGAGGCCGAGCUGCGUCAGGCGGUCUUAAAGAACGGCGGAAAGGUGCUGCCGGUCGGCGAGACGAUUGCCGAAGGUUGCACGCAUCUAGUGGUCAAGAUUGUUCAGCAAGAUCUUCAGCAAGCCGAAGUUAGCAGUUUGAUAGAGGGAAGUGCUCACUUGCCGAAAUAUGUGGUCACUGACAAGUGGCUUACGCUGUGCCUUGAGACGUUGACUCGAGAAGAUGAGAGCGGCUGCAGACUGAAGGUGCCUGGACUUUUGAACUUCUCGGCGACCAUGGGCGGUCAUCAUUUUAACUACAACAGUUGCACUCCGUCAAAAGGGGAUGAUUCUAUUGCCCAUCAUACCAUGAGCUCCCUUCUCCUCAGUCCCAACUACGACAAAUCCUUUGAUGAGGUCAAUACAACCGUUGACAAGGCCGACCUGAAGAAGCAGGCAAUCACUCAGGAGCUGUACCAGACGGAGAUGAACUAUGUGACAAUACUGAAGGAUGUUCUCAAGAUUUUUCACGAACCUCUGAAAAAUCCUCGAACUCCGGGUGAGCUUCCAAAUGAAAUCGAAUUAAAAACAAUGUUUGGCGGCCUACCGCCGAUCAUUGAAGUCCACGAGCAGAUUCUCCGUGAGCUAGAACCCGUUGUCGCUAACUGGAAAGCAGAAAAUGAAGUGGGCAAAAUUUUUCAAAAACAUUCAAAGACUUUCCUCACAGUCUACCCGCAAUACAUCAACUUUUUUGAGCAGACGAAGGAGAUGAUUGAGACAUGUAAACUGAAGUAUCCUUGCUUCUCUAAGUUUAUCAGGGCAUCUCAGCUGAACGCUGAGUGCAAAAAACAAACCUUUCAGGAGCUGCUGAUCAAUCCAAUUCAACGAUUGCCGCGCAUUGAAAUGUACCUCAGAGAACAAAUUCCUGACGUGGAGAAUGCUUUCGUAAUGGUUUCUCAUCCUUCUGAUUGUUCUAGUCAUUUUUCUAUGUACCCAUUCGUCGUAACAAAAAAUAGCGAAAUGAAUAAGCAGAAGUUUGUCGCUGAAAUACUGAAAGCCUAUGAUGCUCUGAAAGACCAAGAUACAGAUAGUCAUGUUUGUUUCUAA